ACCCACGUGAGCAGCCCGGAUCCAGACAGAGCGGUCCCAGCAGUCCUUCUCCUGGCCCCUCCUGGUCACCCCCAUCCCUCCAAGGAAGACCACCAGCUGACUGCCCACCUCAGAGAUAGAGACAUGAAGUGUCUAAAGAACCUAGUUUCUGAUAUUUAUAAGUCAGGCCACCUGCAUUUCUUCCAUCCUUUGAGAAACCAUGGCCUGUGACCCUGACUUGCUCCCUGGCAGCUACCCCUUCAGGAGGACGUGGUCUCAGCAGGUCCCACCCCUCACCUGUUUUUUUACACCUGGCCCUCUGGUGUAAGAGCUUGUAACCCUCGCCUUUUUCCACCUCUUGAUCCCAGUUUGACUCUCUGUACUCUUGACCACCCAAGCCCUUUGUACACCAAGGUAGUAGUAGAUAAAUAAAUACGUACAUCAAAGAAGGCAAACAUUUUUUCUCCUGAUUUAUCACAUUUCCCCAUUUUAUAAAAAUGCCCUGUAAUACCCCCAGUUGCCCAAGAUUUCUGUAGUUGUCUGUUCAAAAUAUCUACAGACUUUAUCUAUAGGUAGUGAAAUGGGAGUCAGGAGACCUGGGUUUUAUGCUCAUGUUCUGCCACUAACCAGCCUUGUGUGAUGUGUGUAACUUUUAAGGUCUCCUUUAUUAUUUUUAAAAAAUCUGUAACAUAAGAACCUUAAAUGAUCUCUCAGGAUCCUAUAAAGUUUGGACAUUUUAUAAUUCUGUGGACUUACAGCGAGGUUACCUUGGAGCUGAUGCAGACAGUGGGGCAAACGAAUUGCCUAGUCCCAUCGUCCUUGCUGGGUGGACACAGCCCAUGGCCAGGUGGGCUGGGUGGACAGUUACUGGCCAACAUCCUGCCAAGAACAAGCGUCCAAAGGAGCCCGGAGAGAACCGAAUCAAGCCUACCAACAAAAAGGUGAAGCCCAAAAUUCCUAAGAUAAAGGACAGGGACUCUGCUGAUCCAACGCCAAAGACACAGUCUAUAAUGACGCAAAUGAUGGAUAAAGGUCGCUUCCAGAAACCCGCUGCUACCCUGAGCCUGACGGCAGGGCAAACUCUGGAGCUUCGAUGUAAAGGGAAUAAAAUCGUAUGGAGCUAUCCUGCAUACCUCGACACCUUUAAGGACACCCGCCUCAGUGUGAAGCAGCACGAACGCUAUGGCCAGCUGACCCUGGUCAACUCCACCGCAGCCGACACGGGCGAGUUCAGCUGCUGGGGACAGCUCUGCACCGGCUACGUCUGCAGGAGGGACGAGGCCAAGACAGGCUCCACCUACAUCUUCUUCACAGAGAAAGGCGAACUCUUCGUACCUUCGCCCAGUCACUUUGAUGUCGUCUACCUGAACCCGGACAGGCAGGCUGUGGUUCCUUGCCGAGUGACCGUCCUGUCGGCCAAGGUCACCCUCCACAGGGAGUUCCCGGCCAAGGAGAUCCCGGCCAACGGAACGGACAUCGUUUACGACCUGAAGAGAGGCUUUGUGUAUCUGCAGCCUCACUCCGGCCACCAGGGGGUGGUCUACUGCAAGGCGGAGGCGGGGGGCAAGUCUCAGAUCUCCGUCAAGUACCAGCUGCUCUACGCGCAGGUUCCCAGUGGCCCUCCGUCAACGACCAUCUUGGCCUCUGCGAACAAAGUGCAGGGGGGAGAUGAUGUGAGUGUCCUCUGCACAGUCCUGGGGGAGCCAGAUGUGGAGGUGGAAUUCAAGUGGACCUACCCAGGGCAGAAGGAUGAAAGGCCCGUGACGAUUCAGGACUCCUGGCGGCUGAUCCACAGAGGACUUGGGCACACCACACGGAUCUCCCAGAGUGUCCUGAGCAUUGAAGACUUUGAGACCAUUGACGCAGGUUAUUACAUUUGCACUGCUCAGAAUCUCCAGGGACAGACCACAGUAGCCACCACUGUGGAGUCUUCCUGACUUGGAAGAUGAAGUAUAAAUGAACUGACGGAAAGCCCACUGGUGUCCGCAACCAGCUCCGGGGUUCUUUGUCUUUGCCAGGGCCAAACCCCAGGCUCUGCCUUGAGUCAGACCCAGACCUCCAAACUAAAAGGAAGUCAUCCGGUCUAAUUAUAGAAGUGUUAACUCUCCUAGCAGAAAACAUGUAUUCUGACUGCUGACCUACGUAUAUGCAUUUCUAGUGCUUCUACUCAGAAGGCAUAUAUGUAAACAACUUAUAUAAUCAUUUCUAUUAAAGAAGCAAGUUUUUGUAAAAAGUUAAAAAAAAAAA